CUGAGCUUUCCAUUUUCCUUUGUUAGUAACUGCUUCACCACCUUCCCAUCUUUCUUUCUUUGUUGCAAUUGCAAACUACAAAGUUAAGUGUUCACCAAAACCAAUGGAUGAUGUUGUAGGAUUCGGUUUCCGUCCCACAGAAGAAGAACUUGUGGACUAUUACCUCAGACAUAGGUUGCUCGGUGAUGAUCCUCAAGUCCACGUCAUCCCCGACAUUGACCUUUGUCAAGUGGAACCUUGGGACGUGCCAAUGUUAGUCUUUAGUCCCGUUGAUUUCAAGUAUUCAAACAGUAAAAGGAUUAACAGGACAACCAAGUGUGGCUUCUGGAAACCCACCGGAAAAGAUCGUGAGAUUAGAAGCUCCGACUCCAACACUCUCAUUGCCACAAAGAAGACUCUUGUUUACUUCAAAGGUCGCGUUUCACGUGGUCAGAAAUCCAACUGGGUUAUUCACGAAUACCAUGCUGUCACCUUUCACGAAAGCCAGAGGACUUUUGUUUUGUGUCGUCUGAUGAAGAAACCUGGGGGAACAACUGAAGGUGGGGGUGAUGAAGGGGAGAGCAGUAGAAUCAUGGUUUCUGGCUAUCACAAUCCCUCCAUAGGAACCACCUUUCAGCAAGACCAAGCGUCUUUUCCAAACCCCUCAUUUGACGAUGCCCAUUUUAGAAAUGAAUCUAACAUUGAGCACAAUUCAUAUGAAAAUACCCAGGAAGAGGAAUUCGUGAAUUCUUUUUUUGUUGAGGACAAUUAUGUUAACAAUGAAGAAAGUACAAAUACCUACUUCAAUACUUUCACCCAAUCGGAGUCAUUGAGAAAGGUAUAUGAUACAGAUGUUGAGGCCGUCUCUCAACAGGGUGAUAAUACUAUGAAUAUUUCCACAGUGUGUAGUAAAUAUCCCAACUCAGACGAAUACCAUUCAUCAAAAGAGUUUGAUUCCGAAUUAUCAAACGUUGAUGUCCAUGAAGGUGUAUGUAUGUCAUCUCCUAUCCAUGAAAAAAAACAAGAGAAAAAGAAGAAAAAGAAGAGCAAGUUUUCUUUCUUCUGAUCAUCACAGAGGAAGGUUUCAAACAAUGCAGUAUUCCAUGUAGAGGCUGGGAAGGAUUUUCUCAUUGUGAAUCAGAAGAAAAAUAGUUCAAGAGCCAGAAGCCAUCAAUCUUGUGAUAACAAUAGAAAAGGUUCUUUCAUCUAUAUGGAGACAACUUCGUGAAGCCAAAGCCUAUUUCCACAAUUGUUAUGUCUUGUCAACGUAGUUUUAAGGGUUUUUAUGUGUGUUUGAUCAUGUUAGUUGGGAAGUAUUAUCUCAUGUUACAACUUAAGUACAUGUAGUAGUAGUACAUGGUGAGUGCUACUAUAGUUCCUUUUCCCGUAGUGUGACUACGUGGAAAACUCUGUUAUAAGAAUUUCAUGAUUGUAAGAUAGAUAUGUAAGACAUGUAGUUUGCAUUGAUGGAUGCUCACGGCAUCUUUCUUAAUCUAAUGAAAUAUGUGUGCACAUUUGUUUCCUUUAGUUUAUUCAUUUUGUAAUUGCAAUAUUAAUAUCUUUU